UCGCCUGCUACUCCAUGUCGGUAACGGCACCACCACCUACUCCAGCCCGCUCUCCACCUUCCCAGAGAUGUGGCAUGGUGUCUUCCUGCGGGCACUCAUCUCCUCCCUCUUCUUCCAUGUCCCGGCAGCUUUGCUAGUGCUUUUCAUGCUCCGGCACCACAAGUACGGCAGGUUCAUGUCCAUGAGACUUUUGCUGAUGGGCAUCAUGGGAUCCAUUACCGCCGGCAUCCUCACAGGUGCUGCCAUUGCUGGAGUUUACAGAGCUGUGGGGAAAAAAAUGAUUCCCUUUGAAACCCUCAUUUUGGGAGUGGGUCAGACAUUCUGCAUGGUGGUGGUUUCAUUUCUACGCAUUUUAGCCACUCUCUAGCUC